AUGUCAAAAUCAGACUUACAAUUCAAGUCAACCCAGGACCCUGCUAAAUUGAAAGAAUUGUUCACCUUAUGCGGUAGUGAAUGGGGUGGACCAUUGGAUCCUGAAGAAUUUGGCAAAGUUCAAACUGAGAGCUUUGAGGAAUAUAUCAAAAGCGGGUUAAAAAUAGAAGGUUUUUACAUCGAGGAUACUUCAAAGGGAUUGAUUGUUGCCACAACAAUCAUUAAGCAUUUGAAGGGAUUGUAUAAACCAGCUGAUAGGUCCAGUUUGAUUUCUUCAGUACCAGAUCCAUCAUUAUUUGGUAUAAAGAAUAUUACGUCGCUAUUAGUAAGUUUUGUGUUCACCCACAAGGAUUACAGAAGAAAAGGAUUGGCUGAACAGUGCAUAUCUCAAGCCAUUGCAGCUACAGAAAGGGAAAUUGUUGACCACCAUUUACAGAAAAGUGACGAGUCUGCCAACGAUAGUUUCAGAAAAAUGACACUUGAUAACUUCUCCGGAGAAGUUGAUCAGGAAUUGGCAAAUUACUAUCUCGGAAAAGAGUAUGUGUGGUUUUUGUUUUCUGGUGUUCAGACAUACUAUAAACGGUUUGGAUUUAAAGGCUACCCCAUAGACUUUUAUGAAAUCCCAGUGCAAGAAUUGACGGAGGGACAAGAGACGGUAUUAAAGCAGUUGAUUGAAGAUCUGGAACUGCAAAACCAACACCAACCAGACGCAAAGUCUAAAAUCUUGGGAAAGAGAAUUAAAUUGUUGGAUUGGGACAGGGACGAAGACCAAGAGGUGAUUCAGUUCAUUUUGCAAACCAAGGAGUUGGAGAUUCUUUCAGAGUUGAACAAGCUCAGUUAUCACUCUGAAUUACAAGGGGAUAGAAAAUCAUCGACUUCACUCACCAAUAUGUCCAACAUUUUAUCCAUGACAAAAAUUGGGUCCCACAGCACAUUGUCAGCAAUUGGUGAAACCACCACUACGGGAAAACCUAGAGGCUCUGAAGAUGGAUCAAGAAGAAAGUCGUCGGCAUUGAAUCAAACAGUCCCCAAAUUCGCCAUUAAGCCAUCUUUUGCCGACUACAAAAGUAAGGUUGUUGGUGCUUUGGGCUAUGCAAAGUCCGAUCAGAGCAAGAAAUUUACCAAACUUCAGGGUGCUAUAAUUACAAAUGAUUUACAAAGAAGGUCUUAUUACAUUUUGUGGAACUCCUUGAAGGGUGAGUUUUUCAUUACUGGUAUGGGCGAGAUUAUCUACGAAAGUGUAUUACCGUCAACCAACUCACAAAGAAGAGGCUCUUCAUUCACGGGACUUAACGAUUUGGGUGGCUACAAUUUUCAAGAUUUGGACAUUUUAAUCUCAGCAGCCUUGUACACAGCCAAGAACCGCAGCCCUAAGUUCCAAAAUGUUUACGUUUCAACGCAUGACUUGCCCAGUGAUAUACCUGACGCAGUGAUGCAUGACUUUUUCAUAAAUUACCUUCCAUUCUCAUCCUAUGCUCUGGAUGAGCAUAAAGAGAAGAGAAAAGAGGCAAAAUCAACAGGAAGUGAAGAGCACAGGGUUGAGCUUCUUGCUGACAAUGGCAAAAAAGUUGGCGUUUUACCUAUGGUGAGACAAUUUGGAAGUGGCAAGAGCGAAUUUGAAGUCGACUGGUUAGAGAAUGGAAUGUGGUGUUGGGGCUAA